UAACAAAUGUGUUUUGUAUGUUGCAGGUAACAAAGUCAAUCAAUAUGGAGAAUUUUGCUGAAGAUUUUUACCCCAGAUUGUCGAAAACGACAGCGACUUCGCUUACGAUAAUUCCCAAGAAAUGAGGCAGGUGGCGUACACUUCCUACGGUAUGUGCACUUUCUGUUCAUCCACGUUUAAUCCUAUGUAUAAAUUGCCCGUUAUGACACUAAACAUAUCAUUUAACUUUUGUCCUCAAAGGGUUGAACAUCGUUUGUGGAAACUUUUUCCAGAGUUGUCUUCACGAAAGAAAUCGGUAGCAAAGUCAAUCAAUAUGGAGAAUCUGGCUGAAGGUUUUUUACCCCAGAUCGACGUAAACGACAGUGACUUCGCUUAUGAUAAUUCUUGCUACAGUACGUGCACUUUCCGUUCAUCCACGUUUGAAGGAUUGGAGGAAAGUUCAAUCAAUUUCCUCCACAUGCUCUUUCACAUGGAUGAACGGAUAUUGAAAAAGAUAAAGAAAAAAAAUCAGACUCAAGAUUUUUCCCACAAAUUGAAGUAAACGAAAACGACUUCGUUUACAAUAAUUCUCAAGUCCUGAGACACGUGGGUGAGGUGAAUACCAGCGCGUAAACGUGUUACGCCUGGAUACCAAAUUGUGACGGUAUGUACACUUUCCGUUCAUCCACGUUUGAAGGAUUGGACGAAAGUUCAAUCAAUUUCCUCCUCAUGCUCUUUCACAUGGAUGGACGGAUACUACAGAAGAUAGACGCCUGUGUUGAAGUCAGCCAGAACAGGAGUAUGAACCCCGACGGGGACGCUAC